AUCAGCUCCGAUUAGUUCCAACUAGCCUCUACAGACGUCUGGCUGUUUAUCUGCCGAUUUGCUGCGAACUGCUGGCUCAACCUGGGCGGUUUAGCUGUAUGGUACCGUAGUGUAGUCUAGGGUCAUCAAUCAGUCUUAGGGGAAAUCCUGCUGCCCGCCCGACCCGGCCCAUCUCCCUGUCACAUCCUCUCGUGUGUGCGGCCGUCUGGUCGGUCGUCGUCUAUUCGCCUCUCUGUUCGCCUAUUCUUCUCUCUCCCAUCACCGCCCUCUCUUCUCCUGCACUUUGGCCAUUUCGGUCUCGGUAUUGUCGGUCCAUCUGUCUGCUGGCCUCUCACACUACCGCGACGCUCCUACGCCGUCGUUAAUGGGCAGACAUUUUCACACAGAACUCCAUAAUGUCAACACCAACGACUGCCACGGCCACAUUGCCUCCCCAUUAUCGUCAUCAUCAUCAUCACCCUCCUCCUCAUCACCAUCACUACCCGCCCUACCAAGCUGUGCAAAACAACGGCUAUCGUUCUGUGGCUUCCGGCCCUGUAAACAACCUCCUUCCCACGCCUUCCUCGACGGCUUCGACAGCACCCAUUUCAAAUAGGCAUUCACAACAACAGCCGCAGCAGCAGCAGCAGCAGCAACAACCACAACAUUACCAUCAUAACGGUACCACGCCCAGCAUCACAGCUGCUUCGUAUUCGGUCAAUCCACCAUAUUCCGGGAACGAGGCAUCUUCAAAUGCAGUCACGGCUUCAGUAGCACCUGCCCGACACCUCUCGACGAGAACACAUUCCACGCCUCAUUCCGAAGCACAUCAUAGCAACAUGGCGUACACAGAAACCCAGCCGAGGAAACGGAGGAGGUCGAAGGAACCCGAUUGGAAACAGUUUUACAAGAAUGGGUUGCCCAAGGAAAUAAUCAUUAUAGAUGACACUCCUGAGCCCGAGUCGAAAAUGUCGGAAUCUGCUACUUCUAGGACAUACACCAACGACACUGCAAAUAGCGCAGCGAAUAAGCCGGGUCCUCGCCACGUUGCUAAGAAGCGAAAGAAGGAAGACGAAUUUCACCCUGAAAAUCUGUACGAUGCUAGGUUAAAUGGCUCAUAUGUUCAAUCGUCCAACGGUGGCUCCGCUUCGACAGAUCGGACGACGUCAGCGUAUAAUACCACGGCCCCAACAUCUCUUUCUUCAAAUGGGCAAUAUGAUUAUGAAGCUCCGCAGACUGGCCAGAAGCGAAAACGCACUAGGCAACAAAUUGCUCAGGACGCAAAGCGAAGAGAGGUUGAAGUUCUUGGUGAUGGUUAUCACGAGUACCAGCCUCCCCAGAAACCGAUAAAGAAAUGCGGAGAAGUUUCUGUUCGCCCUGUCAACGAUCGAACACAUCAAACUGGUGUCAAGAUUGACGAUGAUGACGGCCACUAUAUAGUGGUACCCGACGCUGAUCUCACAGCACAAUAUCAAAUAAGGAAACUUCUUGGACAAGGCACCUUCGGCAAGGUCGUUGAGGCUCGAGACCGUAAAAGAUCUAAGCUCGUUGCAAUCAAGAUCAUUCGCGCAGUACAGAAGUAUCGAGAUGCUUCGAGAAUCGAAUUACGAGUGCUACAGACGCUUAAGGCCAACGACCCAGAAAAUCGCAAUCGGUGUAUUCACCUCCGGGACUGCUUCGAUUUUCGUGGCCACAUCUGCAUCGUAAUGGAUCUUUUAGGUUCAAGCGUCUUCGACUUCCUGAAGGGCAAUAAUUUCGUUCCUUUCCCGAACAGUCAAAUACAGAGCUUUGCUCGUCAACUAUUGACUAGCGUCGCUUUUCUUCAUGAUCUUAAUCUUAUCCAUACUGAUCUCAAACCCGAGAAUAUUCUCCUAUGUGACAGCGCUUAUCAGACCUUCACUUACAACAGGCGAAUACCAUCAUCAACUAACGGGGCGACCCGACAAGCUACGCAGCGGAAAGUUCUCCUUGACACUGAAAUUCGCUUAAUAGAUUUUGGAUCCGCAACCUUCGAUGACGAGUACCACUCCUCCGUCGUUUCAACGAGGCAUUACCGCGCUCCAGAGAUCAUAUUGGGCUUAGGAUGGUCUUUUCCAUGCGAUAUUUGGAGUAUCGGUUGCAUUUUGGUCGAGUUUUUUACCGGAGAUGCCCUAUUUCAAACUCACGAUAAUCUCGAACAUCUGGCAAUGAUGGAGAAUGUGUGUGAUAGUCGAAUUGACCCACAUCUCGUCCAGAUGGUCAACAAAUCAGCGUCACGCAACAGCAGCGGUUCCCCUGCUAAGUACUUCAAACGUUUAAAACUAGACUACCCUACCGCCGAUACCACAAGGGCGUCCAGACGAUUUGUCCGGAACAUGAAACGACUGAGCGAUAUUAUCCCGGCAACCAGCCCUUUUCUUCGGCUCUUUCUGGACCUUUUACAUAAGAUAUUUGUAUAUGACCCCGCGAAGCGGAUCACUGCUCGUCAAGCAUUGGCCCACCCUUGGUUUCGAGAGGCUGCCAUCCCCGACGACGGAACGGAGGCUUUAAAGAUUCGACUGGAGCGUGCGAGGGAUAGCGAGUACCAUACGUCUCGAGUGCCAGUAGCAGCAUAAGGGUCUUAAAUUUCCUUUCACCGACAAUGUGGUGAUGGAAGGGAAAAUGUACAUUUCACCAGGACCCCAAUUUUAUGAUACAUACGUUGGCAUUCUCUAUCAGCGUGCAUGAAGGAUAGUAUCCAAGCGGCGUUUUGAACAGCAUCGGCGGUGUAUCCAAAGGUUAAUGACGGCACUUUACAUAGAACAUAUGUCUUAAGGGCAUUUAUGAUGAAAGGGCGUGGACGUCAUACGUCUCAAAUAUAUAUUCUGCAUCGAGCAAUUUUAUUGUUGCCAGCAUAAUUUCACCGCAUAUAACAGAUAGAUGUUUGGUGCUUCAUUG